AUUAUCAUCAGCUGGCAAACCAAAUUAUCGUUAGCGCGCCAAAUUAAUUUGCGAGCAAAACAAAAACCGAAACGAAAAAUUCAAUAAAAAAAAUGUCUAAACAAAAAACGAUAACAAAUUUUUUCAAACGUAAAAUUAUCGAUGAAAUCGAUAAUGGAGCGAUCAGUAAAAAGCAUUGCAUCAAUGCAGUCGUCGGCGGUGGUGAUGAUUCUUCAAAUGACAAACGAUCUAAUGAUAAUUCUGGUGAUAACCGUAAUGAUGAUGAUAGACGACGUGUUGCUUGUGGAUAUAUUUCAACAAAAUGGUAUAAAAUUUUCGAACAAGAAUUUCAAAAACAAUAUUUUAAAAAUUUAGAAAAAUUCAUUGAAAAUGAACGAAAUUCGCAUACAAUUUAUCCACCUGAAAAUCAAGUAUUCAGUUGGUCAUUUCAUUGUGAUAUCGAUAAUGUUAAGGUGAUUAUUUUAGGUCAAGAUCCAUAUCAUGGUCCACGACAGGCUAAUGGUCUUGCAUUCAGCGUUGAACGUAAUGUUGCUAAACCACCGAGCUUAAUCAAUAUAUUCAAAGAAAUUAAAAAUGAAUAUCCUGAAUUUCAAAUACCAUCACAUGGUGAUUUAAAACAAUGGUCAAAUCAAGGUGUAUUAUUAUUGAAUGCAUCACUAACUGUACGUUCAAAUCAACCAAAUUCACAUUCAAAUCAUGGUUGGGAACAAUUUACUGAUUCAAUAAUUCGUUACCUAAAUCAACAUUAUUCAAAUCGUGUUUUUUUACUUUGGGGUAGUUAUGCACAUAAAAAAGGUUCAUUUAUUGAUUCGAAAAAACAUUUAGUUUUAAAAUCCGUACAUCCAAGUCCAUUAUCAGCAAUGCGUGGUUUUUUCGGUUGUAAUCAUUUUAAACAAUGUAAUGAUUAUCUACAAAAACAUAAUAUUAAACCUAUUGAUUGGACUAAAUUGGAUUAAUUGAGUGAUGGACGAUUAUUAAAACAUUCAAGAAUCAAUAUUUAUUUAUUUUUUUUAAAGUUACCAUUCAUCAAGUUAAUUGUCAAACAAAACAAAACAAAAAAUGCAAACA